AUGUCACAUUCAAGAGGUCCACCACUACCCGGUUCUGUACAUGGUUCUUCUCUACAAGCUCAGCUAGAAAGCGAGGGCGCUAGAAUCGGCCGCAACAACAACCGUCCUCUAAUCGAGCACAUCAUCAGCCAGUCAACCCCCGGCUAUGUUACAAGAGUCGUCUGGCUUCAAGAGUACAGCAUUAUUGAACACGAGUAUCUACUGCUCUGCGUCAAGACGUACGACGGAAGACUAUCUUGGAUGCGCGUGGAACGCACGGGCGAUUUACCAGAAGGGGCCGAUGCUGCCAAGGCCAUGACAGACCAGGCACAAUUGAUUGUGACCAUCGCACCGUCUCGAGAGAAGCUUGUUUGCGGCGACAAGAUUCUUGCUGAGGCUGACUUGGACUUGAACAAGGCACGCCUGAGCGAUGUCGCCAGACUUAUACUGACAGUUCACAAAGAGGAACCUCAGUAUCAGAUUCAGUGGCACAACUGCUGGUGGCUAGCUCGGGUCAUUAUGCAGGUUCUUUCGGGGACUUAUAUGAACAGCAAUAAGAAGCUGAAGAAGAAGGUCACGAAACAAAUCGAUGCUUCGCACCAGAAACAUGUCUUUGGUAUGAGUGCCGGUGGGCCUUUUGCAGGAUUGGGGCAGUGGGCGACUCAUGCGCACUUCAAUCGAAGGACGAAAAGGAUCGUUGCCAGUUUUAAUGAGCAGGUGACUAUUUAG